GUAGACGGUAGGUUUGUUUAGCAGUUAGCCGCUGUUUAACGUGAAGCUAUUAAUUACAUAUCAUGGCUGAAUAUACUCGCGUAAAGUCAACUAAGCUUGUUUUGAAAGGGUCGAAAGAUAAAAGUAAAAAGAAGAAAGACAAGGAUAAGAAGAGAAAGAGAGAAGAUGAAGAGGGUAAACUCGACAUUGUUGGUGGAUGGUGGACUGUUGGUAAUUUUGGAGAAAUCUCUGGUACUGUGGCGAUUGAGAUGCAGAACAGUUCGUACAUCCAUGCAUUGGACACAGGCCUUUUCACUGUAGGAGCUCCACAUGCAGCAGAUGAGGGUCCAGAUCCACCUGAGCAAUUAACAGCUAUCAAACUGUCAGACUCGAGGAUAGCACUGAAGUCUGGAUAUGGGAAAUAUUUAGGAAUCAACUCAGACGGUGUUGUGGUUGGUCGAUCGGACGCCAUUGGCUCAAGAGAACAGUGGGAACCAGUGUUUCAGGAUGGUAAAAUUGCUCUGAUGGCGGCGAACAGCUGUUUCAUUUCAUACAGUGAGAGCGGAGACAUCGAAGCUAAAAGCAAAACGGCUGGAGACGAAGAGAUGAUCAAGAUCCGUUCGUGUGCUGAGCGGGAGGUGAAGAGGAAGGACGACAUCGCUAAUGAGGAUCGAGGAAACGUCAAGAGCUGUGAAGUCAACUACGUGAAGAAGUUUCAGAGUUUCCAGGACAGAAGAUUGAGGGUGAAUGAGGAGGACAGCGGCAUGCUGAAGAAAGCCAGGGUGGAUGGUAAAUUCCAUGAGGCUUUACUGGACAGGAGAUCCAAGAUGAAAGCUGACCGAUACUGCAAGUAAUCUGGGAGAAGCUAUUUUUUUUUUAUUUUAUUUUUUAUAUUUGUUUUAGGUUUUUUUUUCUACUGUUCACAGUGCAUACUUUUAUAGUUUUCUCAUAAUUACUGAUAAUUCACAUACUUCAUGGUGAGAGCAGAUUAUGAGUAACUUGGCUGUUAUUCUGUGGAUGUGUUUUUGAAGUAUUCCAUUAGGGAAAAUACCAUACAGCAAAAGCAGUGGGGUUGUGGUGGGGUCAUACAAAUGUUAAGCCCUUAAAAUGGGGUCACUGCCCAAAAAGGCUGAGAACACCAUGGACUAGUGUAAUAUUGGGUCAAUGUGAAUUUACAAACUGAACCAUGUAUUGUUUUAAUAAAACAAAGUAAAUCUG